CGCUCUCCGGUCGCCCGUUUUUCACAUUGACGCUUUCACGGGAGCAGUUGCAGUUCUCACACCGCAGGGUGAAACUGCCCCCCUCCCAAAACCAAAAAAACAGUAUUUAGGAUUUUAAAAGGCGGGAGUUUGGGAUUAAAACCCUUAGGUGGUAGGAGAUUAACUUAAUUCUCUCUUGGAUAGCGCUAGAAAGUUGUCACCAUGCCGGUUUUUCACACAAAGACGAUAGAAAGCAUCCUGGAGCCGGUGGCCCAACAGAUAUCCCAUCUGGUCAUAAUGCACGAAGAAGGUGAGGUGGACGGGAAGGCGAUCCCGGACCUGACGGCGCCGGUGGCUGCCGUGCAGGCGGCCGUAAGCAACCUCGUCCGUGUGGGUAAAGAUACUGUACAAACCACAGAGGACCAGAUCAUGAAACGGGACAUGCCACCAGCUUUCAUCAAAGUGGAGAACGCGUGCACUAAGCUGGUGCAAGCGGCCUCCAUGCUGAAAGCCGAUCCAUACUCUGUCCCUGCUCGGGAUUACCUCAUCGACGGCUCUCGGGGGAUCCUCUCUGGGACCUCUGACCUGCUCCUGACCUUUGACGAGGCCGAGGUGCGCAAAAUAAUCCGCGUGUGCAAAGGCAUCCUGGAGUACCUGACUGUGGCAGAGGUGGUGGAAUCCAUGGAGGACUUGAUCACGUACACCAAGAACCUGGGACCAGGCAUGACGAAGAUGGCAAAGAUGAUAGAUGAGCGACAGCAGGAGCUCACACACCAGGAGCACCGCGUGAUGUUGGUCAACUCCAUGAACACCGUCAAAGAGCUGCUGCCCAUCCUCAUCUCAGGUAUCAAGAUCUUUGUGACCACCAAGACAUCUGGCAGCCAGGGGGUGGAGGAGUCCUUGAAGAACCGCAACUUCACCUUUGAGAAGAUGAGCGCCGAGAUAAACGAGAUCAUCAGAGUCCUGCAGCUGACGUCCUGGGACGAGGACGCCUGGGCCAACAAGAAGGACACCGAGGCCAUGAAGAGGGCUCUGGGGCUCAUCGACUCAAAGAUGGCUCAGGCGAAGAACUGGCUGAGGGAUCCAAGCGCUCAAUCUGGGGAUGCAGGCGAGCAGGCCAUCCGCCAGAUCCUCGAUGAAGCCGGGAAGGUUGGAGAACUGUGUGCUGGCAAAGAGCGCAGAGAUAUUGUGGGCACAGCCAAGACCCUGGGCCAGAUGACGGACCAGGUGUCUGAGAUGAGGGCAAGAGGUCACGGGGCGUCCGCGGCCGCCAUGCAGAAGGCGCAGCAGGUUUCUCAGGGGCUCGACGUGCUAACCGGCAAGGUGGAAAACGCCGCCCGCAAGCUGGAGGCCAUGACUAACUCCAAGCAGGCGAUCGCCAAAAGGAUCGAUGCUGCACAGAACUGGCUGGCGGACCCUAAUGGCGGACCGGAGGGAGAAGAGAACAUCAGGGGCCUGCUUACCGAGGCCAAAAGGAUCGCGGACAUGUCUGAGGACCCAAAAGAACGAGACGACAUCUUGCGCUCUAUUGGAGACAUUGCUGCCAUGACUGCUAAACUGUCUGAUCUCAGAAGACAGGGUAAAGGUGACACUCCUGAAGCCAGAGCUUUGGCUAAACAGAUCGCAACAGCUCUGCAGAACUUGCAGUCCAAGACCAGCAAAGCUGUGGCCAACAGCAGGCCUGCAAAGGCAGCUGUUCACUUGGAAGGAAAGAUUGAGCAAGCACAGCGCUGGAUCGACAAUCCCACCGUGGAUGACAGCGGUGUGGGCCAGGCUGCCAUCCGCGGGCUGGUGGCUGAGGGCCGCAGGCUGGCCAACGCUCUGCUCGGGCCAUACAGGCAGGAGCUGCUCGGUAAGUGUGAGCAAGUGGAGCAGCUUAUGGCCCAGCUGGCCGACCUGGCGGCCCGCGGCGAAGGGGAUUCACCUCAGGCACGAGCUGUUGCUCAGCACCUCGAGGAAGCUUUAAAAGACCUAAAGGGUAAGAUGCAAGAGGCGAUGACUCAAGAGGUGUCCGACAUCUUCAGCGACACCACCACCCCCAUCAAGUUACUGGCAGUGGCUGCCACCGCCCCUCUGGACGCCCCCAACAGAGAUGAGGUCUUUGACGAAAGGGCCGCCAACUUUCAGAACCACGCCAAUAGGCUCGGCACCACAGCAGAGAAGGCCGCUGCUGUCGGUACCGCCAACAAAAGCACGGUGGAGGGAAUCCAGGCAGCUGUCAAGUCAACAAGGGACUUAACACCGCAAGUGGUAUCUGCUGCUCGCAUUCUGCUGAGAAACCCCGGCAACCAAGCUGCUUACGAACAUUUUGAAACCAUGAAGAAUCAGUGGAUUGACAAUGUGGAGAAAAUGACAGGUUUGGUGGACGAGGCCAUCGAUACCAAAUCCUUGCUGGAUGCCUCAGAAGACGCCAUCAAGAAUGACUUGGAAAAGUGCCGCUUGGCCAUGGCUAACCACCAGCCUCAGAUGCUGGUCGCCGGCGCUACCAGCAUCGCCCGCAGAGCCAAUCGUAUCCUCCUGGUGGCGAAGCGAGAGGUGGAGAACUCUGAGGAUCCUAAAUUCAGGGAGAUGGUGAAGGCCGCGUCUGAUGGACUGAGCCAGACGAUCUCUCCUAUGGUGAUGGACGCUAAAGCCGUGGCUGGAAAUAUCCACGAUCCGAGUCUACAGAAAGGCUUUCUGGACUCGGGUUAUAGGAUCCUUGGUGCUGUGGCAAAGGUCAGAGAGGCAUUCCAGCCCCAGGAGCCAGACUUCCCACCACCUCCUCCUGAGCUGGAGCAGCUUAGUCUUAACGAUGAGGCGGCACCACCCAAACCUCCUCUUCCUGAGGGUGAGGUUCCUCCCCCCAGGCCUCCUCCCCCAGAGGAGAAAGAUGAGGAGUUCCCUGAGCAGACUGGUGAUAUGGUUAACGAGCCCAUGAUGGUAGCUGCCAGGCAGCUCCACGAUGAAGCCCGCAAAUGGUCCAGUAAAGGCAAUGACAUCAUUGGUGCCGCCAAACGAAUGGCCUUGCUCAUGGCGGAGAUGUCUCGUCUGGUGCGUGGAGGCGGUGGAAACAAGCGUGCCCUCAUCCAAUGCGCCAAGGACAUCGCCAAGGCUUCCGAUGAAGUCACGCGGCUGGCCAAGGAGGUGGCCAAGCAGUGCACUGACAAGCGAAUCCGGACCAACCUGCUCCAGGUGUGCGAGCGCAUUCCCACCAUCAGCACUCAGCUCAAAAUCCUGUCCACAGUCAAGGCCACCAUGUUGGGUCGUACCAACAUCAGUGAAGAGGAGUCUGAGCAGGCCACCGAGAUGUUGGUCCACAAUGCUCAGAACCUGAUGCAGUCCGUGAAGGAGACGGUCAGGGAGGCUGAGGCGGCUUCCAUCAAGAUCCGCACGGAUGCUGGUUUCACCCUGCACUGGAUCCGAAAGACCCCCUGGUACCAGUAAGAGAAGGGCCACUGUUUCUGUGCUUGAUGCUGGUUCUCUCCAGGUGUCCAGGAGGACAUUGAAUGGACAGAUAGAUACUUAUAUCAGAGCCAUGACAUCGCAGCCCGUCACACUAAUAUGGGUGAAGCUUCUCUGUUAGUCCCAUGUCCUGUCUGUAACGGUCGCUGCUCUGGUAGAAUGUAAACAUUGGGACGAUCAGUGUUAGUUAUAGGUUAGAUUCUUACUGGGGGAUGUCUUUUUUUUUUCUAAAGUGUGUAAGAAAAUUGUUUUAAAUCUUAUUUUGACAAAUCACAGCCACAUCCAUUGUAUGUUUUAAAUAGAGGUUAGAUUACAUAUUAUGCAAGGUUGAUUUUGGCCUCUUUUAGACACAAACCGUAAUUUAAAUUGAAAUAGCUAGAUUUGGUCAAGACACUUUUAUAUCUUUGUACUGAUAAUUGUAUUAUGAUCUUGCAUUCGUCUUCGCUAGGAUAAGCACACAAACUUGAGGAGUUGUUACAAGUACAGUCUAGGCAGACGCUUGGCAAACGCAAAAUAUAUGGUGUAAUAUAGUGGUAUUACGCCAUGUUUACACUAUUCUUUAUGAUCACAAGUGAAAGAAAAACACUGUUAAUUAUUUUACAUAAUGUAAUGCAAUUGUUGCCUUCUUUAUUUUCUUAAAAAUUCUGCCAAAGACAUUCUGCCAUAACCUUUGAAAGUGUAGUUGUCUGUGUUUUGUUUCUCAAAAGAAUGACUCCGUGGUUUUAAAAAAGUGCUUAUUUAAUGCUUUGCGUCUUGCAUCGGGAUGCCGUGUGAGAAACAGGCUUGCGCUACGCUAUGAGGCCUAUUAGCCAAAGUAAUAACUCCCAUUUUCACAAGCCCAAGCUUAAGCUAACAAAGCGUUGUCUUCUAUAGAGAGGCUUCGUCUUGUCUGCUGUUUUUCUUAACACUGCACGCAGUUGUACGUCUCAUUGUUGUCUUGUUGUGCACAAUCAUUUGUUUGUGAUGUAUGAAUUGCACACUUCUCCUAGGUAGCCGAGGGAAUAACAGAGUGUGGAUAUGAAGCACAGUGUCACCCUCCGCUGGUAAAUCUUCAUUCGUCCUAGCAUACUAAACAUAACUGGCCACUGUCUGUGGCACUUGUAGAAGAUAUUUUCAAAUGUCUCAAAAGACCGUUGGCGUGAAUGUGUCUUUUAUAAGUAUCUAAUACCAACUUAUGUGCCUUGCAAAAUAAACUGUAUUUGCAGCUGAUACGUCCUCAUUCACAGGGGUAUCAUUUCUACAAUGUAUGACUGUAGAUUUCUUCAAAGCACUACAUUAUUCUAUAGAAUUACACUUGAUUCAGGACUUGUACGUCAAGUCAAAUGAUGCUAUAUGCAAACACGGGGAAGCUUGUUUUGAAAAAUAUAUCAAAAUGAUGCAACUUGGUUGGGUUUAAAAGGGCCUAAAGAAUAUUUUGCUGAGGAAUUUUGUAAUAAAGCAUUUUAUAGCACUUUGA